UUCUUUCUCUCUUUCGUUUUUGUUUGGAGUCACCAUUCCGAAUUUGAGGCUCGCUCCAGUUCCGUCUCCUUUUUGGACCAAUGAAGGAACCAGACGCCAUCAAACUUUUCAUCGGACAAAUCCCCCGGAAUUUGGAAGAGAAGGACUUGAAGCCCAUCUUCGAACAGUUUGGCAAAAUCUACGAGUUGACAGUCAUUAAGGACAAGUACACUGGGAUGCAUAAAGGAUGCGCCUUCUUGACCUACUGCGCCCGCGAAUCCGCCCUCAAGGCCCAAAGCGCUCUCCAUGAGCAGAAAACUCUGCCAGGGGGACGCACCUGCCCAGAGUUAAGUCCAGCCAAACUGGGGCCCAGCCUGGAGACACCCUACAAGAACCGGCAUCUCUGGGCCAGGCCUUGA